CGAGAAGACGACGACUGGGACAACGACGACGACGCACACGACUUCAGCCGAUCAUGUCGGGCCGGGUGUCCAACGAAGAGUUUCUCGCGAAGCUGCAGUCGCUCUUUGAGUCCUGCGCCUCGUCGCAUUCGCUCUAUCUCUCGCAGAAGCGCGCCACAAAGGCCGCUGUCAGUGGCAAGUCAGCAGCAGCAGCAGCAACGACGACGUGGCCCGUCAUCUUUCGUGCCACCGAUGGCAAGGGCCGGGGCGCAGCGGAGCGGAGCACGCGGCGAACAAAGUUUUCCACCCUCGUCGAGGCCGACGCCCUCGCAGCGUUCCAGCAGGCCUACACGGCGCUGCUCCGCACUCGCAUGGCCGGCUUUCUCAAGAAGCGCGACAAGGCAAAGGAGCGCCGGACGGACAAGGCGCUCAAGGAGCAGAGAAAGCGGCUCGAGGACUUUGCGUCAAAGGCCAAAGUGUCGCAGAUUGGAAGCAAACGAGGAGCUGGGAGGAGAAAAAGACAGAAUGCACAGAAGAGGGCGGCAAAGGCGAGGAUGGAGAGGAUGAGGCUGGCAAAGGCGACAAAGGCGGCGCCGCAAGGCAGCGGCAGUGCAGCAGCCCCCAAGGCAUAGCUAGUCAGGCGAGGAAGUCAUCCAACCCUACUUGUAGAAAAGAGAGAGAGAGAUCAUAGAAAACCCAAUUCACAGCCUCUCAAUCUCGUCACUCAAUCACUGAAAAUCUGCUCUCCGCUGGACAGAAGCUGAAGCUGACAACCAGUGCAUGAACAAGCUCGAAC